AUGAAUCGGAAUCUAGUUCAUCCCUCAGUCACAUCCCCGCGAAGAGAGGAUAUACGGUCUCGCGAAAAUUCAUCGGUAUAUUCUUCUCCCAUUUCGACCUCGUCCCAAGGAAGGGUCUCCCCUAUUGGUCUGGGCAUCUCCCGCUGCGAAAUCGAGAAUGCAUUCGGUCAACUGAGGGUCUUCCCUCCCACGCCUACACUGCCAUCACAACUAGUCCCUGGAGCGCCAAAUCCCACCUUCGCAUUAUCCUAUGACGACUAUUCUAGCGGACAAUGCUAUCCACCAGUCUACAGCGGACUUGUCAACAGUGCUUCGGAGACCUCACUAGGAUUCUACAGCCCCCCAGCCAUGAGCGCAUCCCCCAGUUACAACUCCGCCAUGGAGGUUGUCCCUGGCCAGAACGUCUUCCCAGCCCAAAUGACCGAUAUUUGGAUGCACACGCCUUGCUCGGGGCCGACAACUCCAUCGGAUGUUAACCCGGUCACUGUAGCGAACGGAGCCGCAGGACAAUGGGACCAGAAUGUGUUUCCGGAUGCAUGCAUCACCUCGACGAUGCCCCUAUUGCCAGUUAACAAUAUUGCCUACCUCGGAGCGAUGGGCGAGGAGGUUGGAUACGGAUCCUCUGGGCACAACAUCAACACCGGGCAAGUGGUGCCGCAACCUCAAGCAUCCGAAGGACCCGAUAUUGCCACGAACUCGAGCAAAAGAGAGCGCGGCUCCUCAAACGAUAGGCUGAUGUCUGCCAGUGGCCUGGAAUGUCCAAUUUGUGGCGUCAAAUUCACGCGACGUUCAAACUGCAAAGAGCACCAAAAGAUGCACAACCCUGAAUGGAGGAACAACCAUCCGUGCGAGGACUGCCACAAGACAUUUGGACGAAGUGCAGAUCUCAAAAGACACAUGAAUACUGUGCAUCUCGGGCUUCGGAGGUACACCUGUGACUCUUGCGACCGGCGUUUCAGUCGCCAGGAUAGUCUGGCUAGACAUGAUUGUGUAGAGAAGCAUCGCAACGCUCCGAGAUCUACCAGUCACGCUGAGCCGUCUUCGCUCAUGCCCAGACAGCGCCAACGAGUGUCAAACAAGCGCCGCUCAGCUAGUUAA